AUGGUCGAUCCGGCGAAUACUGUUGGAAUUCCGGUGAAUCCAACUCCAUUGUUGACGGAUGUGCUCGAUAUCGUGAUCCCAACGAUCCGUAACCUCGAUUUCCUCGAGAUGUGGAGGCCUUUUCUUCAGCCUUACCAUCUGAUUAUCGUCCAAGAUGGAGAUCCAUCGAAGACGAUUGCUGUACCUGAAGGGUUCGAUUACGAGCUCUACAACAGGAACGACAUCAAUCGGAUUCUGGGUCCGAAAGCUUCCUGCAUUUCCUUCAAGGACUCGGCUUGUCGCUGCUUCGGUUACAUGGUGUCUAAGAAGAAGUACAUCUUCACAAUUGACGACGAUUGCUUCGUUGCCAAGGAUCCAUCUGGGAAAGCUGUGAACGCUCUUGAGCAACACAUCAAGAACCUUCUAUGCCCAUCGACUCCGUUGUUCUUCAACACCUUGUACGAUCCAUACCGUGAAGGUGCUGAUUUCGUCCGUGGAUAUCCUUUCAGUAUGCGUGAGGGUGUUUCCACCGCUGUUUCUCACGGUCUCUGGCUCAACAUCCCUGAUUACGAUGCCCCGACCCAACUCGUGAAGCCUAAGGAAAGGAACACAAGGUAUGUGGAUGCUGUCAUGACCAUUCCAAAGGGAACACUUUUCCCAAUGUGUGGCAUGAACUUGGCUUUUGACCGUGAGCUCAUUGGCCCGGCUAUGUACUUUGGUCUCAUGGGUGAUGGUCAGCCUAUUGGUCGUUACGACGAUAUGUGGGCUGGAUGGUGUAUCAAGGUGAUCUGUGAUCAUUUGGGAUUGGGAGUGAAGACGGGUCUUCCCUACAUUUACCACAGCAAAGCUAGCAACCCAUUUGUGAACCUGAAGAAGGAAUACAAGGGAAUUUUCUGGCAGGAAGACAUCAUUCCGUUCUUCCAGAACGUGAAGCUCUCGAAAGAAGCUGUGACGGUUCAACAAUGCUACAUUGAGCUGUCGAAGAUGGUGAAGGAGAAGCUAAGCUCCAUUGAUCCUUACUUUGACAAGCUUGCAGAUGCUAUGGUCACUUGGAUUGAAGCUUGGGAUGAGCUUAACCCGGCCACUAAAGCUUGA